AUGUCGAGUGAUACUGCGAAGAAUUUUUCCAACCUCGAGACACCUGGCUACGUUGGUUUUGCCAACCUGCCAAACCAGGUGCAUCGGAAGUCUGUCAAAAAGGGCUUUGAGUUCACUCUUAUGGUGGUUGGGGAGAGUGGCCUUGGUAAAUCUACUCUUGUGAACUCUCUGUUCUUGACUGACCUGUACCCUGAGAGAGUUAUUCCUGAUGCUACAGAAAAGCAAAACCAAACAGUAAAACUCGAUGCCUCUACUGUUGAAAUUGAGGAGCGAGGAGUGAAACUUCGGCUGACUGUUGUUGAUACUCCUGGUUAUGGAGACGCUAUAAACAAUACUGAUUGCUUCAAGUCAAUUAUACAAUACAUCGAUGAACAAUUCGAGCGGUUCUUGCGUGACGAGAGCGGUCUUAAUCGACGUAAUAUUGUAGACAACAGAAUUCACUGCUGCUUCUAUUUCAUAUCGCCGUUUGGACAUGGACUAAAACCAUUGGACAUUGAAUUCAUGAAGCAAUUACAUAACAAAGUGAACAUAGUACCUGUUAUCGCCAAAGCUGAUUGUCUGACGAAGAAAGAAGUGCAACGACUCAAGUCUAGAGUGAUGGAAGAGAUAGAAAGAGAGGGUAUAAAGAUAUAUCCUCUGCCUGACUGUGAUAGCGACGAGGAUGAAGAUUACAAGGAACAGGUACGUCAGUUAAAAGCAGCCGUGCCGUUUGCGGUUUGUGGUGCGGGCCAACAACUGGAGGUACGCGGGCGUCGCGUCCGAGGCCGUUUAUACCCGUGGGGUGUGGUGGAAGUCGAGAACCCAGAACAUUGCGACUUCAUUAAAUUGCGCACUAUGCUUAUAACUCAUAUGCAAGACUUGCAGGAAGUUACCCAAGAAGUACACUAUGAGAACUAUCGUUCGGAGCGCCUGGCGAGAACGGGACAAAUGCCCAAGAGGCAUACGUCUACUGAAAGUGGUCUCAGCGAGGAUUCAAACGGCGUCGCGAACGGCUCAACUGAGGAUAGUUCUGAACGUGAUAAAGUUCUUCGCGAAAAGGAGGCGGAAUUGCGUCGAAUGCAAGAGAUGCUGGAGCAGAUGCAGCGCCAAAUGAAGCUCCAGGCCGCUAGCACAACCACCGCAUAG